UUGGAAGUACCAUUUCGUAAAAACAAGGAACGUCAGAGCAAACGACAUUCAAUUUGUGCGCUAUAGAAACGUGACUUAACAAAAGUGACACAUUUGCAGAGAUCCGUGACCCAUGAGGCCACAAACAGAGCUUCUGAACAAGUUUAAAAAUAGUUAAAUAGUUGGUAAUGAAAUACCGGAUAGUUUAUCUUAAAUUACAGCCUCGUAAUUUUUUAUACAUAAGUUUCUCUUAUUAAAAUAGGAACGUGCUUCUCAUAUAUCAGUCACAAUAAUUUCGAAAUAUGGCUUCAAAAGUAACACUGUCCCAGGCUCUGGGUACAGAUGGGAGCGAUUUUAAUCAUAGGCAAAAAAUCGCUAAUCACUAUCAAAUCAGCGCAACAAACAAAUCAAGACUGAAGUAUUGUAUAUUUUAUCAUUAUCUUCUUUUCUUCGUUAUGCUUGCCAAGUUGUCAGCAGAUAUUUUAGAUCAUUUGGACAUAUUCAUUUUGGAGAUUGAGGAGCUCCAAGUACCUCAGCCUCUGUGGUGGGAAUAUAUUUGGUGCACAAGUUUGAUGCUAAGUUUCCUUGCCCUAUCUGCUAUUAAAAAGAAUAGAAUUAAAACAUUAAAGCAGUACAUGAUAGGUAUUAUUUUACUAGGAUAUGGCCCAUUACUUUAUGCAGUCAUAUAUUACUUCAAGGAUGUUUGGAAAUAUUUGACUAUUGGUAAAACGGAUGAGGUUCAUAUUUGGCAGGGCCUACCAUAUGGAUUGCUGUGGUAUGCAUUUAUUCUAUUGGCUUCCCAAGUCCAUUCGUUCUCCUUAUUCUUCUGUUGGAAUUUGCUAACAGCUUGGAAAACACGAGGAAGUAAAAAAUCUGAAUAAUAUCUUUAAAGUAAUAAGAAUGUGAAGCAUAUCUGUGAAUACUGUUGAUAAUACAUAUUUAUAUUUGUAAUAAACAAAAAUAUGUAUAUUAAUACUGUUAACAUCAAUAAGAACUAUGAAAAUAUUGCUGGUAA